UAUUUUUUUUAAACCUCUGUUACAGUUGUUAGUUAUUUAUUUUUAAAGAGAACACGUCGUCAAAUAGGUACGUGUAAUAGUUUACAACAUUUCCACUGUCACUACAGUUAUAAAUAAACAUAAUGAAAACUUAAUCGUUGAUGUUUGCUAGCAUACUCAUUUUGUCGGUCACAUCGGCUUUUUCGGACAGCUCGUUGGAUUUUGACCUUGAGGACGGUUAUUCCUAAAUUGACCUAGAGUUAUAUGAAAAUUGUGCUACUUUUAAGUAGGUAGGGUUCAGUGAUGUUGGCCUGAAUGCCGGCUACAGUAUGUUUGGUUACACUGGCCAUCGGGUAUAGCUAGCGAGCCUUAAUUUGACGAAGCAACAAAGGAGAUCGAAGAGACCAGCAUUCUGUUUUUUUUAAAUCGUACUUUAUUUUCCUGUGGGGAAGGCUAGGUCUAAGUUUUAUUUUUAUUUAAGUUUAACUUUAAGUGGGGAUAGUUAUUUUAGCGCACAGGGCGGAGUUCGCUAAGUAGUGCUAUGGCGUCCAAUUUCGAACAAUUAUAAUCCUCCGCGCUUUGCUCGGCCUGUGCUAGGCGCUAGUAUUGACGUUAAAGUCGAAAAAGACUAUCCAGACCCGUUGAUAGGGUCUAGCCGGGACUGCCUCCCUGUGGCUGGCCAAUGGACGACCAACAGGGCAGGUCUACAUGUGGAGAAUAUGCUGAAGAAAGCGCUGUGAGUCUGUGCUUACUGGGAACGGUGGAGAGAGCUGCAAGAUGGAGAGCACAGUGGUCAGGACCUCAGACUCCUCAACUGAUAAAUGUUUUUAUUUGAAAUGGAUCAACAGUCUCCUGAAAACAAACUUCAAAAAUGUGGAGGAGAUGGGUUCAGGUGCGUGCCACUGUCAGAUGAUGGACUGUGUUUUUCCUGGAUCUAUUGACAUGAGCAAGGUGAAGUUUGAUGCACAAAGUGAGGACGACUGUAAGCACAAUUUCAGACUACUCCAUGAGGCCUUUAGCACAAAUGGUAUCACAAAGAAAAUUCCAGUUGAGAAGCUCAUACAAGGGGAUUUUAACAGCAACAUUAAGUUCCUCAAGUGGUUCAAGAGCUUCUAUGCAGAAAAUGUGAAAAGUAAUGAUUAUGACGCUGUGAAAGCUCGUGACAGCUGUGAUAUCAGCCCUAUUUUGGUGUCUCCUAAAUCAGAGAGAUCUAAAGAGUCUGACACGGAGGAAAACAGCAAAACGACUAAAAGGUUUCCUUACAGUGAGAAGUGGAAAGAUGUGUUUGCUUGGGCUGAGCGCAGUUCUCGCGGAGACAACUAUACUUACUGUUCCUCCUGUGGUACUGACCUUAGCACUAUUAACAAAGGCUUUUUUGAACUUAAGCGCCACGUGGAAACAACCAAACACAGGAAAAGGGCUGCGAAGAAAAGAUGUGGUGCAAGAACACAGGUCACUGAGUCGCUGCCUUGCAGUGAUGAAGCUGUCCAGUUUAUUUACAAUCACUGUUACACUGGAUCUGCUAAAGGUCAGCAGGGAUAUAGACAUUUUGCGCGCUGUAAGCUGGGAUCACAGUACCCCAAAGAUAUCAUAUCUGCCUGCGAAAACACUCCUUACUGUUUAUACAUUUAUGGAGGGGUACCGGUAGGAAAAGACGAAGCAGUCUCUGUGUUGCUUGUUGGGUUUUUUGACGUUGAAGCCUCUAGUCGCUGCAUCAGAUUUCUGGAUGCUCUUCAGGCAGGGGACGGUGCAGGAGAUCAGUCUGCAGCGGCAGUUGUGGAUAGCUUGAAGAAAUUUGGGCUAUCCACAGAUAAUCUCGCUGCCGUUUAUCUAACUGGCAAUGGUUCAGCCACAGAGGAAAUCUGUUCUAAACUCAGGGAACUCAACGCAAACGUCGUAACCUUAGGAGGCCUGUACACCAUCGCUGAUGCUGCUUGUCGUGCUGCCAUCAAGGAGCUCUCCAAUCAGGCUCAAGAACUGAUGGUAGACCUCCAUGAACACUACUCUGCCUGCUCUACAAAGAAUGAAAACCUCAAAGAUCUUUUUGACUCAGAUGUCAGCAAUGACAGCGCAUCACUUCACACCAACACUAGCUGCUUUAGAGUUUGUCUGUUGGUCACAAAAAUAUUGGAAAUGUGGACCGAUCUCACACUGUACUUUAGUUCUUGCAAUGAAGAUGAGAAGACUAAGUCCAUCUGUUCUCAGCUUAAUGAUCCCAAAGUUAAGGCAAUGUUUAUGUUCCUGCAGCAGGCCUUAGAGCCUCUGCACAGUUUUCAAAGGAAAACACAGGAAGCUUCUGGUACUAAUAUUGAGCUUAUUCUAGAAGAAGCCAAUAGUCUGAUUUCCAUUUACACCUCCUACUUCCUCAGUCCACAGGCCGCUGAUCGUUUCCUCAUUGAACGUGAUGUCCAAAUUCUUAAGAACAAGAACUUCCACCUGCCAAGCUCCGAACUCUGUGUGGGUAAAAAAACUGUGGAAGACUUUCUGAAAACAUCUGAAGCUGCUGAGGCACUGCCACUAUUACAGGAGGACGUAUUAUCAUUUUAUAUUGCACUCACUGGUUGUAUCGCAGAGGAGCUGCCUUUAAAAGACUCAGUGCUGAAGGGCAUCGCUCAGCUGCUGAACUCACAGAGCAGGCUGAAAGUGACAGAGGAAACAGUCGGGGAGCUGGGCACCAAGCUGGGAAUCUGCAACUUCCCUGAGGAAGUCAAACAGCUCACGAAUGAAUUCCUUGAGUAUCAGAAGGCUCAGGAGGGAGAGGCCGAGGAUGGAGGGAAGGACAGCGCAGCUGUGGUUUCAUUGGAAAACAUACUGAAUGACACCAAGCCAGCCUCAAUCUUCAGGAAGCUUCUUUUGAUCCUUUUGUCUUUCCCAUGUCCUCCGCUGGAUGCGCAGCAGGUUUUUACUCAGGCCUUGGAGAAUGAUCAUGUUUGUGGAGUCUCUGACAGUGAAGCCUUAACAGAAAGUGAGUUGGAUGUUACGUCUGACACUUUCUCUGACAGCAGCAAGAACUAUCAAGUUCGCACACGAGGUCAGAAUGGCCUUCCUUUGAAAGUGAAACCAUGUGAAGUCCGCCUUACAAAAAUAGAGCCAGGUGAUGGAUAUGAAAAUAAACUUGGAGUGAAUGGUGCCUUAUGGAAAGAGGGGACCAUUAGGGGAAAUUUUGGCUGGGAGAGCAGCUUGCGCCAGAAGCCAAAGACCCGUACAGUGUUUCAGGCUGGUGAUAACACCUGGUCCAAACCCGUAGGUCUUGAUAAGGACAGCAAAAAUGAACUGGGGUCCCAAGAUGAUGUGUCGGAAGACUCUUCAACGCCCAAUAAACACACACCAACCAGAGCACGACGUAAACCAGCUUACCAGGAUGGUAAAGGGUUUCUUACAGGAGCGCUGGUGUGGGGUAAGGUUAAGGGGUUUAACUGGUGGCCUGGGAUGGUGGUGCCAUGGAAAACCAAGUGUGCUCCUGUGGGUAUGCGGAGGGUGGAGUGGUUUGGAGACGGGAUGUUCUCAGAGGUAUACACUGAGGGUCUUGCGCCAUUUGCUGCCUUCACUAGGUGCUUCUGCAAAAACUCCUUUGCCAGCUUGCCCAUAUACAAGAAAGCAAUCUACCAAAUCCUUGAGUUGGCAGGUGAGAGGUGUGGAAAGUCUUUUCCUGAUGCUCAAGGCAAUGAAGAAAAAGAGCUGAAGCUGAUGUUGGACUGGGCUUUUGAAGGAUUUCUGCCAACAGGACCUGAUGGAUUUAUACCUGUUGACUCUUCUCCACACGGUCAAUCCUCUGACUCGACUCUGUCUGACGUCCCGCCUCCGGCGAAAAGAAAGUAUGUUUUUAAAAGUAAGGGAAAUGUCCCCGCCAUCAUCUAUAACAAAGAAUCAAUAAUAGAAGGCGUCAAAGAAAAGGGAAAAACAAUUGAAGAUUUUUGUUUGUCUUGUGGAUCAACUGAUAUUGACGUCCAGCACCCAUUAUUUAAAGGUGGUCUUUGUCUAAGAUGCAAGGCAAACUUUACAGAAACGUUGUAUCGCUACGAUGACGAUGGCUACCAGUCGUAUUGCACUGUGUGCUGUGCAGGCUUAGAGGUCAUUCUGUGUGGCAAUCCCAGCUGCUGCAGAUGUUUCUGUAAGGACUGUCUGAACAUCCUGGUGGGCCCAGAAACCUUUGAUAAGCUGAAAGAUGUCGAUCCCUGGAGCUGCUACAUAUGCAAGCCAUUGCAGUGUGAAGGAAACCUCAAACUCAGGGCAGACUGGAGUGUGAAGGUCCAAGACUUCUUUGCCAACAACAGCGCAAUGGAGUUUGAGCCUCACAGAGUUUACCCUUCAAUUUCUGCUGAUCAGCGCAGGCCAAUGAAGGUGCUCUCGCUUUUUGAUGGUAUAGCAACAGGAUAUCUGGUGCUCAAAGACCUGGGCCUUAAGAUCGAGCGCUACAUUGCCUCAGAGAUUUGUGACGAUUCAAUUGCUGUAGGGAUGGUCAAGCACGAGGGAAAGAUUGAAUACGUCAAUGACGUUCGCACCAUUACAAGGAAACAUCUGGCCGAAUGGGGUCCUUUUGAUCUUCUGAUUGGAGGCAGUCCAUGUAACGACCUGUCCAUGGUGAACCCUCUUCGAAAAGGAUUAUUUGAGGGUACUGGAAGACUCUUUUUCGAGUUCUACCGCAUACUGACCUUGUUGAGGCCGAAAGAGGACGACAACCGUCCGUUUUUCUGGUUGUUUGAAAACGUGGUUUUCAUGAGUGCCAAUGACAAAUCGGAUAUCUGCAGAUUCCUGGAGUGUAAUCCAAUUCUUAUCGAUGCAAUAAAAGUCAGUCCUGCUCACAGAGCACGCUACUUUUGGGGAAACCUGCCUGGCAUGAACAGACCUCUUGCUACAUCUCUAGACGACAAGGUGACUCUGCAGGAUUGUUUGGAAUCCGGACGCCAGGCAAAGUUUGACAAAGUCCGUACUAUCACAACAAAGUCUAACUCAAUAAGGCAGGGGAAGAUGGGACCGCUGCCCGUCGACAUGAAUGGCAAGGAAGACUACCUGUGGUGCACUGAAAUGGAACAGAUUUUUGGUUUCCCCAAACACUACACUGACGUGAACAACAUGGGCCGGAUGCAAAGGCAGAAAGUCCUGGGUCGCUCCUGGAGUGUGCCUGUGAUUCGUCACCUGUUUGCCCCCCUGAAGGAUUAUUUUGAAUGUGAAUAGCAACUGUGAAGCAAAUCCUCGCAUCAGAGCUGGAGCGGUAAACCCGAUGCCUUAUCCUGCCCCGCCUUGCUAGUUAGUUUAAACUCUCUGGUCUCUCUUUAGAGGACCGAUUGUAGCUUUGGCUUUUAGAAAUAUUUUGUUCAUGAAUUCAUUUCUUUUUUGUUUUAUCCUGUCAGUCAUCCUCCACCACCAGCAGGCACAGACACUUUUUGGUUUCUUUUAAGGUUGCUGUAAUCAAACGAUUAUGUUGCUCAGAACACAGGCCUGCAUCAUGAAGUGAGCUGAAGUGGUUUGCAAGCCAUCUUUGGGCUUUUAUGGAUCAGUGGCGUCUCCUUGCUUACCUUAAUCAUGAAUGGAAAGAUCAUAGCCGCUUAUCAAAUCUACAUAUUGAUUUUAAUUAGGUUUUUAAUUAAAUAUGACUGCAAUGUUUUUGUCUGACAGGCUACAGUCAGGGUUUUUUUUUUUUUUACUCUGUAUGAUGUGAAAAGAUGCACGGGAAGUGUUCCUGUUAUGGUUCAGUGUCCGCGAUUUCAAACUGAUAACAUGCACGGUUAGUGGUAACUUCAUGUCCGCAGUGAAGUAUACAAGAGCCAAUUAUAUUUCCCUCUGGACCCACAGCAGAGCCAAAACACACUAAAUCCUGCACAAUAUCAUUCUAUAGUUUUCUAUAUUAUAGAAUAAACUCUUCAUUAACACUAAUGGUGCUAUGUAAGUGCUGAAUAAUGUUUUUAAGACUUCAAAUGCAUCUUUUGCUUCAGCGUUUCUUCCUCUGGACUUACCUGGCCUAAAAUCAGUCACUAUAGGAUUAAUUUGUUCUUUCGCCUGUUUUGCUUAUAAAAUGAGACACAAAUAUGUAGACCCUGAGCCCGGUCCAAGGUCCCAGAGAGCCGCUGAACUCCCUUCAUGGUGCAGGCCUCCUCACUACCUCAGCAAUGGUUUCAAAUCUGCAGCUACAGGUGAACGCAAACCAUUAUUGCUUUGUUUCUACGUGAUCCGUAGAUUUUAUCAUGUUUUUAUUGUUUAAUCCUUCCAGGCAGGGAUUUUAAGUCUGACCUAAUUCUUACUGUGAUGAAUUUUAUUGCGUUUACUUUUUUAAUCUUUAAACACGUUUUUUUACUCAGUCUGAAGAAUCCCACCAUGGUGCUUCUAAUAGUGGUGAUUUUUACCCCACAAGUGGGCAUUUGUGCUACAAUUCUGUCUUUUUUAAGGAGUUUUACUUACACAAGAUCAAAAAUAUUUUGAAUCUACUUACUGACGACAAGUUGAGUAUUUUAAUAAGCUACACGAGUCAGACUUUUUCAGAACAUGCAGUGUCUACUAAAGUGGGAAAUACGGCUGAACGACUGUAACUAUGGUUUAAUUGCUGUAAAACAAAAAGGGUAGGUGUAUUUAUAACAUGAAAAAGGCAUACCAUGUAGAAUACAAAUUUUCAGUUUUCCCCCUCUAAAUGGUUAUUUUUUUAUUUCCAGUGGUUUCUUUUCUGGCCCGUAAAAAAGUUAAUUUCCUGUGUUUUAAAGAAUAGUUUAAUAGGUUCUGAAACUAACUAAAGCCCUUAACAUCAUUUGAAGGAACAACCUUUGACUUUAUGUUCAAAAUCUGUAUUUUGUUAAAGGGAUAUCCACUGGAGUGGAAGUGGGGCUGGACUGGACUUUAAUGUAAUACCACAUUGUACCACAGCAUGGUAAACUGGGUCAGUGUAACCCUUAUUUAACAACGUAGGCCAUUCAGAGUUUGCUAAUAUUUACAGUCCUGGCCUGGUAAUGUUUUUGGGUGUGUACAAAGUACACAUCCAGAAACAUUUCAACACACCCACUGAUAAAUGCUGCCCCCUCAUGGUGAAAGUUUAAAUUCACAGAGGGGAAGUUCUAAAAGUACUUUGAGGCAUGUGGCUGCCAAACAUUGUUAACAAAUUGAAUAAUUAUUAAUUUUUAAUUUGAAAAAUAAAAUAAAAACUGUUAAUUCAUCUGCCGCGUUCAUGUGUAAGACUGUAAAAUAAGACUGUCAUUGUAGAAAAAAAUGGGGUACAGUAGUGCAACUUUUCAUGUAACUUUUAACUGUUUCAUAGUUAGAUUCAAUAUUAUGUGGCAAUUUUUUAAAUUUCAUAGUGUUUAUGUAUGUAUUUUGUAGUCCAGCAUCCAUAUUUUCUGAUUUUUAUCAAGCAGUAAACAUGAAACUGCACCAGGACAUAAGUUUUACAAGUUUAAUCAAAACUGCAGCCUCAAACAAGGACCUGAAACGUCUGCUAAUCUGCUGAUCUAGUUGCACGGCCUAACAGCUGCAGCUAUUUGCUAGAGAAAAUUACAUGAUAAUCUUUUUUAAUUCUAUUGUUCAGGUUAUGUAUCAAGCAAAAAAAAAAAAAA